UCUUGCAACGACGUAUUAAAAGAAAAGAGGGCACUGGCUUUAGCCUUGGCUUGGGAAGGUAUGUAGAUCUGCUGUAUUUAAUUGGGAAACGAGCUCGGAAGUUGGCCAUCUCUCUAGUGAUCAGGUUCACAUUCGUUUACACCUCAGGUUACACCUCAGGUACUACUACAACUAGUACUUCCGCAAAAGGGCUCCUAGCUCCCAGAGCAACAGUGGAAGCUGCAAGCUACAUGACUGUCCUUAGAAGAAUGAAGGUCUAAACGUCUACCAAGGUCUACACGCUUCUGGCGCUCGGUACGGUCGCAAUGACGUUGCCCUGAGCUGGGCACAUUUCUGCACAUCGCCCUCGCAGUCGAGUCGCGCUCAGUCACAACAGUCGCGCUCACAGCAGCCCUGGACUGGAGAGAGAAGACACAUAAUUGUUACAAAGCGGUGCAACAAGAAGACGUCCCCUCAUGCAGCAGACCAGUAGAUCUACGAAUGUCGACGGCCGUGAGCUAGAGCCAGCAGAUGUGCAGGCAUGCUUGCCUAUCGGAGGCGAGACAACUGCUCGCAGCGAUGGUGCCACAUCACUUGCCCCUUUCUAGUAGUACUCGUGCUUCUUCAUGUACAAAUUAGUGUUUGUACGCCAUCGUCGACAGGAGCGGUUUCGAUUUGCAGCAGGGAUGCAACGAUAACGCGUUACAAAAGACCCUGUUCUGAAUGUACCAGUGAUAUCCGGAGGCGCAGGGAUGGAUUGUUUCGUGGUAGAUCUACUACUACUUGCGCAGCUGAUGCUCAGCUAAAUCGAUCGACGCGCUGGGAAGCAACGCAACUGGGUUCAAGAUGGAGUCGGGAUGACACCAACCCUUCUCCAUCUCCAGGACGCGGGUCAGUCCCAAUACAUGCCAGACUGACGCUGCGCAUGGUUGUCGACAGAUCGCUGUUCGUCACAUUGGGCUCGUCGAUGCUGAGCGCCAGAGAACGAGCACUGGAGCUGUUCAACAUCUCCUCUCGGCACUUCACUGCACUUGGAAUUACACUGGAGCUGGCUCAAUUGAAGGUAUGGUCGGAAACGGAAGACUGCAGCAUACUGGAAGGUGGACUAGUCCGUAUGUUGAAGUUCAUCAGGGAAUGUGCUUGGAGUAGUGUCGGAGCUGUUGCGGACAUGACAAUAGUGUUAACAGCAGAAGAGUUGGGCACACACCGAGGUGCUGCAACUCAAGGAACGGCCGGUUCCCCCUGGGCUGUGGCUAUUGUGCAAGAUCACCUGGAACAGCCCAGUACUGUGGCUGCUCUGAUAUCACACGAGCUCGGACACGUCAUCGGCCUAGAACACACGGUUACUGCCGGCCACGUCGGCCAUUCCACCCCGGUGCCAUGUCCCUGUACGGAUGUAGAGAACACAUGUAUCAUGGAUCCCGUACCCCGUGGUACACCCACCAUGUGGUCCACGUGUUCCCGAGCCAGGGCGAGGGAAGUACUCCAUGAGCGAGCAGCUUAUCUCGCUUUCACUCACUCCUGUCCUGGCCAUGUGAUCACAGAGGAAGUUCUCUGUUCACAUUGUAAUGGACUAGCAAGUCAGCAAUCUCAUUACACCAAUUCAAGGCUACAUUCGAACAGAAAGCAAAAUACCCCGCCUCGCUACAUCAGGUCAAGACCAUGUUCCGACAGAAAGUGGACUGGCGUGGAACUGAUCAGCAAAAUGAAGCUGCAGCAGUCAGAUCAUGUGACAUGUUGUCAAUGGUCAUCGAACCUAUACUCCAACUGGACUAAGCAGCAGGUACAUGUGGAUGAUGCAUCUACGGUUAGUGUGUCAAGUAGAACAGCAUACAGGGACAUUUCUCAAGUGCAGAGAAGACUGGCUGGCAUGAGUGAAUCUGAAGAUGAGGCAAGCACUGUCAAGACUAUGAAGAUUAGCUUCCAAGUGGCCGUGAACGGUACGUGGGGCGGAUGGGGACGUUGGAGCCCGUGUCCGCGCACGUGUGGCCAAAGCGAGCGCUACCGCCUGCGCCGUUGCUUGCCGCCAAGCGGAGUUCCAGCAGGAACGGCGACGAACUGUGACGGUACAAACUUCCAAGCUGCUCUGUGCAGUGCUCCGCCGUGCCACGGACCAGGGCUGGAAUGGUCGCAAUGGUCGCCUUGCACCGUACGGUGCGGCGAUGGUGGUAUGCGACAACGACAGCGCAGGUGUCCGGUAAGCCUGGCCGUGGCCGAAUGUCCCGGUGGCAGUCAAACCCAGCAGUCGCCGUGUAACCAGCCACCCUGUCAACGUGCAGGUAUGCCUGGCUGGUCGCUGUGGAGCGUCUGGUCACCAUGUUCUGCUACAUGCGGCAGUGGGAAGAUGAGCCGCGGCCGAUGGUGCAACACUCCCCACCAGCCGCAGACAUGUGGCGGUACGAAUACAGAGACACGUGCCUGCAGCCGUAGUCCCUGUGGCAUCAUGUGGUCCGCGUGGUCGCAGUGGACUAGCUGCGACCGGACGUGCGGCAGUGGAACGCGACUGCGACGUCGACAGUGCUCGCGCGACAACCAGUGCCUGGGCGAAGCACUGCAGGCGACGGCAUGCGAUAGCACUCGAUGUGACUCUGCCAUUCCAGCAGGUGGUGGCAAUGCAGCUGCCGUAUGGACACAGUGGACAGAGUGGCGGGGCUGCACGGAAGCAAACUGCCACACGCCCGACAGCUUCCAGCGGCGAACACGAGCAUGCACAGGGUUUCCGACGGCCUGCAACGGUCCCACAACGCAGCAACAACAGUGCAGUUGUAACAGACUGGCUGCAUCAUCUCACCGCUACGGUAUGACGGAGCACGCGCCCAUAGAACAAGGUCAGAAUGAUACACAGAGAACGCUACGGAUAGUUGCUAUUGUUGCCGGCUCAGUUGUGGGUGUAGUGAUCCUGAUCAUAAUCGCCUGCUGUGCAUUCAACAAGACAUCUAAGUCUUCCACAAACACACCUGUCAAGGCUGCAAGAGAACCGCUCGCUCAGCUUAGUGCCAACAAGAUGAUAGGACAGAGACCGAAGGAAAGGCCGAGGCCUGGACUGGCCAGACAGGCUGAUCCAUCACAUUAUCACAACGUCAUACACGGCUAUCCGAACCCAAACAGCUAUGCUGGUUAUCCUGUUCCCCCGCCGCCGCCACCACCUCCCCCACCACCACCACCACCGCCGCCGCCACCACCACCACCACUGCCUCAGCAGCAGCCACUUCCACAGCCAUACUCUAGCCAUAUGUAUCCCCAGUCUGCUCCAGGAUACACUUCCACUAGCACCUUACCCAGCAGCAUUCCGGCUUCCACGUCGACUGUUUCACAGCAACAGCAGCCACAUGCACAUCAACCACAUCAACAACAGCAGCAACAACAGCAACAACAGCAGCCACAGCAGCAGCAGCAGCCACAGCAGCAGCAGCUACAUCAAUUACAGCAGCAGCUGCAUCAGCUACAGCAGCAGUCACAACAGCAGCAGCAAAUGGUCCAAGGGCCCAAUGGGAUGGUGUAUGCAUCGGUUCCACACCCGGUGCUAAACCAGCUAUCCAGUCUAAUUCGUCGACUCAAUGCUCAGCAGCACGCGCAGCGCACUUCUCAGCGGCACUCGCAGCGCACUUCUCAGCGGCACUCGCAGCGCACUUCUCAGCAUCGUGGGCGACGCAGUGCACGGCAGAAAAGGCCACAGUACCUGCCUGCGUACAGCAACGAUUCUGCUUACGCAGCCCCGACACGAAGAAGUUCACGGUGCAAGCGCCGGAAAAGCUCCUGUAGGCGCAGGUCGCACAGGUCGCAAGCUCAUAUUCUGGAUCUGAGGAAGCAACAAACAGGCGGGCACACCGACUGUUCUUGUUCGACAAGAUACAGAUCCACGUCGAAGCGAUCCAGGCGGUCAAGUCGCCACAGACACAGCAGAAGGCCGUCCAGGGCCAGGCACAAGCCACACAUGAAACCCACCAUCACCACCGGCCAUACUGCCACCCCCACUCCAUGGCUUCAACCGGUGCUAAAGAAGCAAUCGACCCAGGGACAUCCGAAAAUGCCCAUGCCAACGCCUCGCCCUCGCAAGUCACUGAUCAGAAAGUCCCCAGGAGCAAAACACCUGUGUCCAUUUGCCUGUCCGCAGCCCUGUCGCCAUGUCAUCGAGGCACACAACAGAAUUUAUGAGAAUGUUGCAGCGCAAUGAACCCCACAUGAUAAUAAAUGAUGACUCACUAUAUUUUGCCGCGGUGUGGCGUGGUUGAGCUAACAACAGCAUAGUAUAAAUUAUUGGCGCUGGGCAAACUGCUUUAUAUAAAGCCUGUUGACAUAAUAAGAAACAUCAGCAACAAAUGAAGCUGCAUAGAUGUCCCUCAGAACUUUGAAGAAACAUCUUGAAUAAUCAAAGCUGCACUUGCAAGUUGAGUUGUAUCGCAGCCAUUCUCUUUUCCCACGCCUUUUACGGUGCAUUGAUUAUUUAAAUUUAUUAUAUUAGCUAUA